GCUUGUCUCCUUUCAUUGGAGGAGAGUUGGCCGCGGCGCAGCAGCAGCAGCAGCAGCAGCAGCACGACCAACUUCCACCACACCUUCUCCUUUCCCUUUAUUCCUCCUCUUCUAUCCAUCCAUCCUCUCCAUAACCCCCUACAUUCCUCCUCUACCAACCAUGGGAUGUGGUACCUCGAGAGCCGCACGUGGCGAUCGGGUGUCGCGGCGGCCGAGCCAAGCAAGUGGCGGGGCAGUCAAGGCGUUGAGCCCGUCGAGCUCGAAGAGCGCACCCUCUGAGGGCCGCUCCAAGGCUUCGCUUACGAGCAGCCACAGCCGCAGUCGCGGAGGCGAGAAUGACAGCAAGGCCCCCGGUGGGGCUGAGCCGCACGGUGGGCGGGGCGAUGAGGGCGGCGCUGGGCUGCACAGCCUCCAGCUUGUCGCGGCGACGCGGCCGCGGGCAGGCAGCGAGAGUAGCAGAGCAGAGACGCCGGUGCUGACCCGUUCCGAGUAUCCCGAGUGGACGGGCGAGCGGGUGCGGCGGAUGUCAUCGCUGUCGAUCACGGGCACGCCGUACAACACAAAUCAUUUUAUGCCAGAGGUGCCUGCUGUCAAGGAGCUGGCGGACAAGUUGUGGCCGACGCUGGCUGUGAAGCAGGCACACUUUGUAGGCUCGAUGGAGGGAGUGACGCUGGUGUCGUCGGCGACAGGAACGAACAAGGUGGGCGUCAACUCGUUCGAGGUUGCGUACGUGAUAGUGGAGGUUUCGCCGGGUGACUCGCUGGGCACCGGGCAUGGCACGGUUGUGUCGCGGCGGUCAGGCUCGUAUUCGGAGGGCACGGCGCUGUCGGGAACGGGCGGAAUCGGGACUGGAGGAGGCGCGGAGGGAAGCAGCGCCGGUGAUUCCAAAAAGGCCAAGUCCAAGUCUGUGGACGAGCGGUCGCCUGGCCUGCAGAUGGCGCCGUGGGCUCCGUCUGCGACGUCGGAGGUCAUUGCAUGGCUCCAUAAGCCGUCGUCGCUCAUCCGGAUCGAGGUCCUGCCGCGGCUCCGCGAGGUGGUUGGGGCAAUGGAGGUCGACGGCGAGGUUGAGGUCGACAUUGUGGUGACGAUGCCAGACCAGGUCAAGUACAUCGCCAAUUUGCGAGUCCGGGUCACAUCUCGCGGAAGCGAAGGCAUGUUGGCGGUGGAGGACCUCUCGGUGGAGCUGUCGUCGACCAAGAGCGGCGGGCGGGUGCUGCUCCGGGGAGACCUGUAUUGGCGGGUGGAGCCAAGCGAGCUCGAGACGCGGACCACGUCUGUGCUCCUCACCAACGAGCCUGCGCCGGCUAUGCAGGGUUUGGCGUCGCUCAAGGUGGACAGCAUGGACUUUGUCUCUACGCACGUCCAUGUGUUCAAGUUUGCGGACCACGUGAGCCUUGCGCCGCGUUUCCAGCUCUCGGACGGCUCGUACAUCCAGGCGACGCUGAUUCUGCCGUCGCUGGGCAAGCUCCGGCUCGAGUCCAACUCGAUGUCGAACAAGCUCAAGCUGGUGAUCAUGUGGAUCCGCGAGACGGGCACGUCAUUCAAAAUGCGGAUGUUCGACCCUGUGGCGCAUCCGUCAACCAAAUCUAACAUUGCUGUCUCGUCCAAGGUCUCGGAGCGGACGUCCAAGUUUUCGCUCGCGCUCAAGGGUGUGAUUGAGGAUGCCUUUGGCUCGCACAAGAUUGUGCUCAAGUUUGAGCAGCAGUCGUAGGCGUGGGAGUGCCUUUGAGUGCAAGCACGUGUUGCUUUAGGGAAGUAUGAUGUUCUCGCCAUAUUGAAUUGGGGACAUUCCUUAAUAGCAAGAAUGUUUCUACGCAGCUGAUGGGAGGGCGGCGAUCUGCUCGUCGAUCUGGGCGAUACGGAAGUUCCAGUACUUGGCCCGCAGCGUGUCCAGCGAGGUGGCGAGGUUGGCAGCAAGCUGCGAUGCGGCGGCGAGGCGGUCGGCGUCAGGCUCGAGAAGCAUAGUGUAGGCGCGAACGAGAAAGGCGCGAAGUGGGGCCGAGGCGAUGUAG